CCCCAGGUGUGCAGAGCGGUGAUCGGUGGUGUGCUGUGUCCCUGGGACACAGAAGAUCACAGAUCAGCGGAAAGAGCAGAUAAAUGCCUAUCAUUGCCCAUCAAUGCCACCUGUCAGUGCCCAUUAGUGCACAUCAAUGCCACAUAUCAGUGCCCAUAUGAGCUGCUUUUCAGUGCCAACUAUCAGUGCCAGUCAGUGCCACCUAUCAGUGCCAGUCAGUGCCACCUAUGAGUGCUGCCAAUCAGUGCCACUUAUCAGUGCCAGUCAGUGCCGCCUAUCAGUGCCCCCUAAAAUUUCCAGUCAGUGCCACAUAACAGUGCCAGUCAGUACCGCCUAUCAGUGCUGCCUAUCAGUGCCAUAUAUGAGUACUGCCUUUCAGUGCCCUUCAGUGAUGUCUGUGAAUGCCCACCAGUGAUGCCUGUCAAUACCCAUCGGUGCCACCUACCAGUGCCUCCUCAUCAGUGCCGCCUAUCAGUGCCCAUCAGUGCAGCCUAUCAGUGCCCAUCACUGCAGCCUCAUUAGCGCACAUCAGUGAAGGAGAGAAAUUACUCAUUUACAAAAUUUUAUAACAGAAACUAAGAAAAAAACUUUUUUUUCAAAAUUUUCAGUUGUUUUUGGUUUGUUUAUCAAAAAUUAA